AUGUAUACUGAUACAAGUUAUAGUAAAAGUAGUGAGGAUGAUCUGAUUUAUAAUAUUAAUAAUCUUGAAGAGUUUAUUAUCAUCAAAUUUAGAGAAUAUAAAGAGCUAAGUACCAAUGUUGAGUUUUCAUUGAAUUCAGCAAAAAACUUUUUAAGACAAAGAGAUUUAAAAGAUGAAAAGUAUAAAGUUAUUUUGUAUUAUAAAAAUAAGUUUGUAUAUACACUUAGUUUUAAUACACCAUUUCUUCAAGCUUCAGAAAAAUUACUAAAAUUGUUAUUAACUCAAUAUUUAAAGCAAAUCAGAAGUAAUUUGAGCUCUUUGCUAUAA